GAGUAACUUUGAGUGGACUGGAUGCAUCAUAGAUAGGGCAUUAUCAACGUCUCCAGAGGGAGAAACCCAGCGGCAGCUUCCCGUCUCUUGGAGAGUCGCUCCCUGAGAAGAACUCACCGAGUCGCUAUGCCUUGCUUGACUUGCGUUCCCAUCGCCACCCCGCGCGCAUCGGUUCACGCCUCGCUCGCCGACGACCGUUCCUCGCCUUCAAUUCCCCACGGGAAGGUCUACCCGAAGCCCUCAUCCCCGAGAAUCAGAACCGCCCCAACUCCACCGGGGAGCAAGCAGAAGAAGACCCAGAAACAGCAGCCCACCAUCGUCGAAAUCGAGCGAGCUAUUGGCGCCGGCUGGUUCAGUGACGCCGACCCCAAGAAGCUGGAGCAGAGGAAGUCUGUGCUGGAUGGGGUGCUACCAACUGAUGGCUGGAAAGUGGAGAGCUCGGUGGAGAGGAAGCUCCGAGAGAGCGGAGAGUGGAUCCUGGAUCAAACCGAAAGACGCCCAGCAUCUGCAGGAAAAAGCAUCUUAGUAGCAGUGUUCCAGUGGGUUUUGCCUGCAUGGGUUCUUAUGCUUCUAGUUGCAUCCGGUGCCGUAAAGCUACCAUUCCGAGUUCCCUUUCUGGACGACCUGAUUAUGUGAAUGCCGUGCACAGAUUCAAUCCCGCAUCAAUGCUUAUUAGCCCCAGGGUGCAUUACGCAUUAUACUUCUUGGCUAUUUGAUCAGGAACCUGCUUACAGCAUGAGUAAACUGAAGUAGUAUUUCGAAAAGGCUCAAGUGCUUUGAUUGCUGAACCUGCUUUCCAAGAGCUCCCUCAUGACUCAAGAUACAUGGCCACUGACUAUAGGAAGUUGUAUUAGAGGGGUCAGGAAGGAUCUUGGAGGGAUUUCGUGCUGGCAUGGGAUUCCUCCUCAGUUUUAUACACAAUCUCCUUCGGCACUCGACGUAAAAUGAACUGUGUAACUUGGUCACUUAAAUACAUGUGAUGAAAGGUUCCUUGCUUUCCU